ACAAAGCCAAGAGCUUUUUUACUUUCAAGAAAUUGUUCUGUAGAAACAAAAAAAGGAAAAGCCGAAGAAGCUUUUUCUUCAUUUUCCAUCUCCAAAUUCAACUCAGGGCAGCUCCAUUUCCACCACUUCAAAUAAAUAUAAGCAUGACUUUCCCCACCUGUUAUUAUAUAUUUUAUCCAUUGCACGAGAUAACAUUUUCUAUCAUUGAUGACGGCCAUGUGGGGGAAACCUUUUUGUUUCAUCUCUUAACAGUUUUUAUAUAUUUUUUAAUUCCAGUUCUCAUCUACCAUCAUCAUAUCUUCGUCUUCUUCUUUUGGUUUUUGAUGUCAUCAGUGGCGUACUCCUCCUCUUUCCUCCUUUUAAGAAGUUCUUUUUUUUAGUUGGGUUCUGUUCAUGUUUAGGUUAUUUAUUUGUCUAUCAUAAUGCUUUCUGGCCUUUGUCUUUAAGCGUUAAAUUAAAUGGUCAAUCUGCAGAGCAAUCAAUGUGAGGACAGUACACAUCAAAUCAACCAAGAUUUGUCCAACUUGGGUCUUUUGACAAACGAGCGGAUGUUUUUCUUUUCUUCUCACCCACCUCAUUUUAGAUUAAGAAAACAGGUAAAGUCAACUGCGUAGCCUGUCCAGUUACUGACCCCAGUCUUUGAUAUAAAGGUCCUGCGGUGAUGUUCAAUCAUGGAGCUUGAUAGAGGAAAUGUCAAAAGCUCGUGAGAGAGAGAGAGAGAGAGAGAGAGAGAGAGAGAGAGAGAGAGAGAGAGCUGAAAGGAUGAUACGUCUAGAAGCCAAGUUAGAAAGUUGAUACUGAGAAAAAAAGGGAGGGGCUGAGGGGGUUGAAAUUGAUGUAAAAAGAUUAAAAAAUUCUACCAGGAAAGAGAAAGGUUUGAAUAUGAUUUUUUUUUUCCUAAGCUGAGUUAUAGAGAGAGAAAGAGUCGAAGAAAGAGCACUUAGUAAUGGGAAGCCAAUUAUUUGUUAAUGAUCUUAUUUUUAUCCCCGGGUCAACUACAUAGUUAUGCUCUUGGGAUAGAUAUAAGGAAGAUCUUCUUGACAUUUUGUGGCAAUCUGUUUUCCACCGCCUAGUUGGUAUGAUGAGGAGUAUCCUAGCCAUUGUCUUCCUGGUUUCUAAUUUGCUUCUUCUUCCUGUUCCUUCCUUCUCACAUCCUUUAUGUACUGAUUCAAGGGCACCCUUUUCCCUGAAUACAACUCUGGAGUUUUGCCCUUACGAUGGGAAGACAUGCUGCAACUCUACAGAAGAUGUGCAAUUGGAAAAUCAAUUUCAAGCAAUGAACAUCUCUGAUCGUGCCUGUGCUUCUCUUGUGAAAUCACUCCUUUGUGCUAGAUGUGAUCCAUUUUCAGCAGAGCUAUUUAGAGUUGAUUCUGGUUCCCAGAUGGUUCCAUUACUCUGCAACUCCACCAUCUCAAGAGAAUUAUCUGAGCCCACAGAUUUCUGCUCUGUGGUAUGGGAUACAUGUCAAAAUGUGUCAAUCUUCAAUUCCCCAUUUGCACCCUUGUUACAAGGUCAGGCUGGAGUUCCAGUCAAUUCCACCAUGACCAAACUGACUGACUUCUGGCAGUCCAAAACUGACUUUUGCCAUGCAUUUGGUGGCGGAUCUACUAAUGAAUCCUUAUGCUUUGAUGGUGAGCCUGUCAAACUAAAUGGCACUCAGCCACCUAGUCCCCCACAUGGCUUGUGCCUUGAGAAAAUUGGAAAUGGAUCUUAUCUCAAUAUGGUUGCUCACCCUGAUGGUUCCAACCGUGCAUUCUUCUCUAACCAACAGGGUAACAUUUGGUUGGCAACUAUACCAGAACAGGGAUCAGGUGAAGUGAUGGGCCUGGAUGAAUCCAACCCAUUUGUAGAUCUAACAGAUGAAGUGCAUUUUGAUACUCUAUUUGGGAUGAUGGGUAUGGCAUUUCAUCCAAACUUCACACAAAAUGGUCGAUUCUUUGCUUCAUUCAACUGUGAUAAGGUUCAGUGGCCAGGGUGUACUGGAAGGUGUUCAUGUAAUUCAGAUGUAGAUUGUGACCCUUCAAAAUUAGGUUCAGAAAAUGGUGCUCAGCCAUGCCAAUUUCAAAGUGUAAUUGCAGAAUAUACAGCCAAUGGUACCGCAUCCGAGCCUUCCUUGGCAAAAAGUGCCAAACCAUCAGAAGUGAGAAGAAUUUUUACUAUGGGGCUUCCAUUUACAUCUCAUCAUGCUGGACAGAUACUUUUUGGUCCUUCAGAUGGAUAUUUGUACUUCAUGAUGGGAGAUGGUGGCGGUAGAGGUGGCGAUCCACUCAAUUUUUCCCAAAACAAGAAAUCAUUACUUGGAAAGAUCAUGCGGCUAGAUAUCGACAAUAUACCAAGUGCCACGGAAAUUGACAGACUUGGUUUAUGGGGAAACUACUCUAUUCCGAAAGACAAUCCAUUUAAUGAAGAUGCUGAAUUGCUACCUGAAAUUUGGGCACUAGGAUUAAGAAAUCCUUGGCGAUGCAGCUUUGAUUUAGAAAGACCCUCCUACUUCAUGUGUGCAGAUGUUGGACAGGACCUAUAUGAAGAAGUGGAUAUCAUAACCAAGGGUGGAAAUUAUGGCUGGCGUGUUUACGAGGGUCCUUCCGAGUUCCUUCCUCAAUCAUCACCUGGAGGAAACACAUCUGCAAACUCCAUUAACCCAAUUUUUCCAGUCAUGGGAUACAACCAUUCUGAAGUAAACAAAAAGGAAGGAUCUGCUUCAAUCACCGGAGGCUAUUUCUACCGGUCAAUGACAGAUCCAUGUACAUAUGGAAUGUACUUGUAUGCAGAUCUGUAUGCUGGUGCUAUGUGGACAGGCAUUGAGAACCCAGACAGUGGCAACUUUUCCUCCCAUAGAAUUGCUUUUAGUUGUGCAGAUGACUCUCCUAUUAGCUGCAGCUCUGUUCCGGGAAGUGCUCUUCCAGCUCUGGGAUAUAUUUUCUCAUUUGGUGAAGACAACAGGAAGGAUAUUUUUAUACUAGCUAGCAGUGGAGUUUAUAGAGUUGUUCGUCCAAGUCGAUGCAACUUCACAUGCUCAAAGGAAAAUGCCACGGCUAUUUCAACUCCAAGUCCUGCAGCUUCACCUCCUUCACAUGCGAGCCGAUUGAUGAAUAGCCCAUAUAAAAUUGUGACAAUCCUGUUGUUUUCUCUGCCAUUGCUUAUGUUUGGUUUUCUUUAGAAUGUGAUUGUUUUCUCUAGGAGUGUUUCCAUGAAUGAGAAACUUCCCUUGUAUUAUUGGAAAAAGAACUGUAACUCUUAUGACAAACACUAGUUUUUCAA